UUACGCUGCUGUCACCGGCGCCUGGAAGACGCAGAAAGCCAAAUCUGGGAAGAAAGCAGUCUAUCCAGAAGACGGGUCAAUGUCGACAAUACUGCUGCAGAAGGAGCUGCGAGGCAAGGGCUUCGUCCCCAAGUGCGACCAGAGCCGUUCGGCGGCGAAGACUUGUUCCGAGUCCUGCUCUUCGGUGCAGAAGGAAGAUUGCACGUGCAUGCGUGUGCGCGAGAAGUCCAAGGCCUUGUCCUCCACGGGCAACAUGGACAAGUGCUAUUACUUGGACAUGGCCGAGGCCUUCAACAGCGGCGCGUCCUUCGCGCAGCCUCUCAGGAACAUGAUGAACGUGGAUGGCGGCAACCUAUGUGUCGUCUACCACUCCACCGACGUCCCGGGCAGCGGCGUCGUCGCCGGCAUCAAGUGCUGGCAGUGCGCCAUCUUCGUCUUCAAAGUCAUCGCCACCCGCCUGUUCGGCUCGACCAGCACCUCCGAGAAGGAGCGCGAGGAGUUCCGGCUGUUCGCGCUCGGCUCACGCUGCUCACUCCUUAACAUAGAGGUGAACAGUGCUCUGGAGGAGGGCUGGUACCGGCUGUGCAUGCACCACCUGGCCAAUGCGGACGGCAGCGUCCAGGUAGCGUUCCGCGGGCCAGGCACGGUGCUGAUGCGCUACUUCAGCAGCGUCAGCGAGUUCUCACAGUUUCACUACGCCUUCAGAAACCGGGUGGUGAUCAGAUGGAAGGUGGAGGAGGCCAAAGGGUGCGACUGUGCGACCGGCCCCGCGGCCGAGGUACAGUACUCCACUGUGCGACAGUGACGGAGAUGCGGUGCUGCGCUGUGCGACAGUGACGGAGGUGCAGUACUCCACUGUGCGACAGUACCCGAGGUGCAAUACUCCACUGUGCGACAGUGACGGAGGUGCGGUGCUCCACUGUGCAACAGGGACGGAGGUAAAAUACUCAGUUGUGCGACAGUGAUGGAGAUGCAGCACCCCCUGUGCAAUACUGAUGGAGAUGCAGCACCCCACUGUGCAACAGUGAUGGAGAUGCAGCGCUCCACUGUGCGACAGUGACGGAGGUACAGUACUCCACUGUGCAACAGUGACGGAGAGGCAGCACUCCUACUGUGCGACAGUGACGAAGGUGCAGUGCUCCAUUGCGCAACGCAGUAGUGAUUGAGAGCGGUAAUGAGAUGGAUUAAGUGUUAUUAUUGUGUGACGUCGAAGGUGUAAGUUAUUGCACUGUACAACGGCGAAACUGCAUUCAAGUGUGCAGUAGUGCGCAAGUGCAGUGCUCCUCUUUGCUGCGAUGAGAAAGAUACAGGUAUCCACUAU